AUGCCCAUUCCACCUAAAGCAGGGAGUACAGGGACCACCAAGUCCACCAAGAAGAGUUCCAAAAAUGGGCUCAGGUCUUCCUCCAGCACUAGUAUCAAUUCUACUGCCAGUGGUACUGCUAGUGGCACAGCCAUGAAUAUGAUGAAUACAAAUACAUAUAUCUCUACCAGCACUGGCAAUGUCACCCCCAUGCCCAAAGCGAUUUUGAAGAGACCCACCACGACCAAUCCGAAAACGCACAAUCGGAAAUUGACGUUUCACAACAAGAAAAAAACAAAACGAAUCCCCAAUGUGGCUUCCAUGCCACCGGAGAUUCUAGAAGACAUUUGGUGGGCUGCCGAAGAUUACGAUGAUAUCAUGAGAUCCUUCGAAUACACCGUUUUCAUGAUGGAAGCGGGAGAAGCAAAGGCGGUGGAAGACGACCAACAUUGUACCAGAGGCCUAGAACUCAGAACCGAAGCCGGAAAAUGGGCACGCUUCGAACACAAAAGAGACUGCUACAAUGCCGUACUAGAUGAACAAGAUCGCCAAUGGAACGAAGGAGAAGACAAUCAGGACAAAAUUGCUAAUUGCUGUAGAGAAGUCACGGCAAAGACACAGCGCAUUGCCUGUAGAAAGGGAAUGCAGGAUGAAAAAGAUAUCGAAAAAUACGUCGCUGAUACCAGAAAAGCCAUUGAUUCCAAUCAACUACUCCAUUCUUCGUCUUCAUCCAACCAUAACAACAACAACAAACAAAAGAAAACCACCAGUGCCAAUGGAACCAAAUCCAUGCCUGCCCGUACCAAAUCCAAUUCCACCGGACAACUCAAACGACGGACGCCACGUACCGAUUCGGGAAAGGCACGAGUUGAGAAAAGUCCUCCUCGAAAGCCCGAACGAGUACUCUCGGGAAAAUCAGAACGAGGAGACGUUACACCCACCAAUUCCUCCAGUGCACCACGGACGCCCAAACGAACCGUCAGUAGUGGCAGCAAACAAUCCGACGGAAGUGCUUCACCCGCACCUUCUAACAACAACAAUAAGGGAAUGACACCCACCAAUUCGGCCAAAUCCAAUACCCUACGAAUGCCACAACGACAAACAUUCAACAAUAGUUCUUCCAAAGCCACGCCCUCGUCAUCGUCGUCAUCCAGACAAGUCACCAAAGGCAACAGUACCAAAGCAUCUUCGACGUUGCCCAAAUUACCUAAACGAUCCGCAUCCAAUUCGUCACAAGCCACGGCCGCCAGUCUUGAUAAUAGUUCCAUGGGUGGUGAUGGGGAUAAUGAUGGCAAAGGAGGACAACUCAGUGUUGCCGCAUUGGCCAAAUUUGGAGCAUAA